UCACUAAGAGAUAAGGCAAGGGCUUGGCUGCAAUCACUUCCACUGGGCUCCAUCACUACAUGGGACCAACUCUCAGAAGCGUUCCUUGCUAAGUACUUCCCUCCGAGCAAAACAGCUCAAUUGAGAAAUCAGAUAACAACCUUCACUCAAAAAGAAGGGGAGUCAUUGUAUGAUGCAUGGGAGAGGUACAAGGAUCUUCUAAGGAUGUGUCCACAUCACGGGUUAGAGGAUUGGCUCAUAAUUCACACUUUCUACAACGGUCUUCUCUACAACACAAGGAUGACCGUGGAUGCUGCAGCGGGUGGUGCAUUGAUGAACAAAAGUGUACGAGAUGCAAAACAACUCAUAGAGGAUAUGGCACAGAAUCAUUUCCAGUGGUCAGGAUUGACACGAUUGACAUGGUGGUUAGAGAAGAUUUUACCAGAGAUAUCUCAAGUGAUCCACUUGAGAAAUGUUUAGUAAAGAAUGGGGUACCAGAUGAUGAUGAUCAGGAAAUAACUUCCUAUGUUACAAUGCUUGAUGAAAAGCCAACCUACACCAAAACCACCUACAUCAAAGAACCUGAUAUAGUGGUCGAAAUUGCAAGGGGGCUGAAUGACCAGGUUGUGUCUGUAAACACAGCUGUGUCAAAAAGCAGCAGAAACAGCCCAGAACAGGUUUGUGAAGAGAAAACUGCACCUGGGAAGAUGCUGAAUAAUGAUUCCACACGGCCAUGGUGUGUCCGUAGACACAGUCGUGUCAAAAAGCAGCAGAAGAAGUCUAGAACCAGUCCAUUUCCACCAGUUGAAGUGGAACAUAAGGCACAUUGGGCUAUCUAGAGCAUUCAUUUAGAUUUGAAAGAAUCAGGGGAACAGAGAAAGCUUCAACCAAAUGAACUUGAUGAAUUGAGAUUGGAUGCGUAUGAGAAUGCCAAGAUUUACAAAGAAAGAACAAUGAAGUGGCAUGAUCAACAUAUCCUCCGUAAAGAGUUUACAGAAGGAGACUUGAUACUUCUACUUAAUUCCCGACUCAAGCUUUUUCCGGGCAAACUUUGUUCGAGGUGGUCUGGACCAUUCCAAGUGUGCAAGAUAUACCCAUUUGGGGCUGUCGAAGUAUGGAGUGAAGCCACGGGAUCUUUCAAGGUCAAUGGACAGUGAUUAAAGUAUUAUUUCACAGGAACUCCGAUCGAGAAGUUGGGUACUUUUACCCUUCCCGAUUCAUCAUCAUUGUGAGCAUUGAAGGGGUCGAGCUCAUGACCAUAAACAAGCGCUUCUUGGGAGGCAACCCAAGUUUCUCUUUCAUUUUAUUUUUCCUUUUAGUUUUUUUAAAUUAUUAGUUUUCAUGACAUGUAAUCAAGUUUCCGUGAACUGGUGUGUAGGUGAAUGACAAAAGGAAAAUAGGUAACAGAGAGUUCAAGGCUAAAGAGGACAGAAGGAAAAAUAGUGAAAACACAGUUUACACGGCUAGGCCGUGUCCACCAACACAGCCGUGUAGCAGUCGGGACAGUCUUCAUCUCAUUUCCAGAGUCUACCACACCCUG